AUGAGUUUGGUCUCUGGUGUUAUUUCCCGCCAAGUUUUGCCCGCUUGUGGCACUCUUUGUUUCUUCUGCCCUUCCAUGAGGCCAAGGUCCAGACAACCUGUCAAGAGAUAUAAGAAGCUCAUUGCUGAGAUUUUCCCUCGUAACCAGGAGGAAGGGGCAAAUGAUAGGAAAAUAGGAAAAUUAUGUGAUUAUGCUUCAAAAAAUCCUUUACGCAUUCCAAAGAUUGUGAAUGCCCUUGAGAGAAGGUGUUACAGGGAGCUACGAAAUGAGAAUUUCCGUUCAACCAAAAUUGUCAUGUGCAUUUACAAGAAAUUUCUGUUUUCUUGUAAAGAACAAAUGCCACUAUUUGCAAGUAGCUUGCUAAGUAUUAUUCAUACGCUGCUGGAUCAAACACGGCAGGAUGAAAUGAGAACUUUAGGAUGUCAAAUUCUUUUUGAUUUUGUAAAUAAUCAGAUUGAUGGAAGUUACCUAUUCAACUUAGAAGCUCUUAUCCCGAAGCUCUGUCAAUUUUCUCAAGAAACAGGAGAAGAUGAAAGAGCAAGAAUAAGUCGUUCGGCUGGUUUGAAAGCCCUUUCAUCAAUGGUUCGGUUUAUGGGGGAACACUCUCACAUAUCACUUGAAUUUGAUAAUAUUGUUUCUGCUGUCUUGGAAAGCUAUGAAGUUCCUAAAAAUAAUUCAGAAAGCCUUGAUCAUUAUGAACAAGGUUCUGAGAGUGGGUGGGUCCAAGAUAAUGCAGCCACUGAGGGUCAAAUCUCUCCUUUGCUGGAUGUCAAAAGGAGAAACCCAUCCUGGAGGAAAAUUGUUAAUGACAAAGGCGAAGUGAUUGUAGCAAUGGAGGAUGACCAGAAACCCUCUUUUUGGUCCGGGGUUUGCCUACAUAAUAUGGCCAACUUAGCCAAGGAGGGGAGUACCAUACGCCGUGUAAUGGAAUCUUUAUUCAGAUACUUUGAUAAUGGAAAUUUAUGGUCUAUAAACCAUGGUCUUGCCUUUGCUGUUUUAAAGGAUAUGCUAUUUUUGAUGGAUGAUUCUGAGAAAAACACACAUGUUUUGCUGUCAAUGUUAAUUAAGCAUCUGGAUCAUAAACUUGUCCUUAAAGAACCCAACAUGCAGCUUGACAUUGUUGAGGUGACCACUUCACUUGCGCAAUAUGCAAAGGUCCAACCUUCUGUAUCAAUAGUUAGUGCAAUAAGUGACAUGAUGAGACACUUGCGCAAAAGUAUACACUGUUCCAUAGAUAACCCAGAUAUGGCCACUGAUGUAAUUAGUUGGAACAAAAAUUUCAGAAAAGUUGUGGAUAAGUGCCUUGUACAGUUAUCAAUUAAGGUUGGUGAAGCAGACCCAAUUCUUGAUGUUAUGGCUGUGAUGUUAGAGAAUAUCUCAACUACUACCAUGACAUCCAGCACAACAGUCCAAGCUGUCUAUCGGACUGCUCAAAUUGUAGCCUCCUUACCAAAUUUGUAUUAUCAAAACAAGGCAUUCCCUGAGGCAUUGUUUCAUCAACUACUUCUGGCUAUGGCCCAUCCAGAUCAUGAAACGCGAGUGGUAGCUCACCGCAUCUUUUCUGUCAUUGCUGUGCCAACUUCUAUUUUCCCUUGUCUAAGCAUGUCUGCAUCUAACCGCAAGGCAUCAAACGUUCCACGAUCACUCUCAAGAGCAGUCUCUGUUUUUUCCUCUUCAGCUUCCUUAUUUGAGAAGCUAAGACUGGAGAAACGUUCUUCAAGUGAAAAAUUUAGUCAAUGUAACCAAGAAAAUAUUGCUGGAGAGAUUGAACCAGCUAAUAGCAAUGAUGGGAUUCAAAACAAAUUAAAGUCAACCUAUAGUCGGGUGUCUAGUUUGAACAACCCAUCUUUGCUGAUGGAAGUGGAUGAAAUUACUGCAAACAAUGAUAAUCAGAACAUGGAGGCUGCUUCCCUCAAGCUAAGUAAGCAUCAGAUAUAUAGAUUACUAUCGUCAAUUUGGGCACAGUCUAUAUCUCCUGGAAAUAUGCCUGCAAAUUAUGAAGCAAUUGCUCAUACAUACACUUUGGUGUUGCUUGUUUCUAGAGCUAAGAAUUCUUUUCAUGAGGUACUAAUUCGGAGUUUUCAGCUUGCGUUCUCUUUAUGGAAUAUGUCUCUUAAAGAAGGGCCAUUGCCACCAUCUCGUCGGAGAUCACUCUUUACUUUGGCAACUUCAAUGAUUGUGUUUUCUUCAAAAUCAUACAGUAUUGACACUCUAGUCAAUAGUGCCAAGGCGGUGCUUACAGAGAGAAAGGUUGAUCCCUUCCUUCAGUUGAUUGAAGAUCACAAGUUGCAGGUUGUCAGCUUUGCACCAGACAAUCUAACCAUCAGCUAUGGAUCCAAAGAAGAUGAUGACAGGGCCUUAGACACACUUUCAGAGUUAUUGAGUAACAUACACCAAACACGGGAACUCUUUGCUUCUGAAAUUAUUAGGAGCUUGGAACUUCUGGCAAAAGCUGAACUAUCAUCAAUAAAGGGACAACUACUAGAAGAAUUCGCACCAGAUAAUAUGUGUGAACUUGGAUCUCAAUUGACCAUGGAUAUUCCCAGAAGGGAUGCUUCAGUAGUUUCAAAUUCAAUUGAUGACGACUUUAUUUUUGAAUCAAUUGAAAGUCAAAUAAAACACAAUGGAUUGUCCAUGGAGGCCCCUAGUCUUUUGAGUGCUAAUCAACUUUUAGAAUUAGUUUGGGACACAUCUCAUCCAACUGGGAGGAUUUCUGUUUCAACUUCAUUUAACAUGCCAUACAAGGAUAUGGCUGAUAAAUGUGAGGUGCUUUUGAUGGAAAAGCAGAAGAUGUCCAAAUUGAUGAGUACCCAACAGAAGCAAGAAUAUUUAGUGUACUCACUUUUACCAAAUCAUGACAAUGAAUUGAAAAAGGUGGAUUCCUCUUCCUAUCCGGAUCUUUUGACGGUGUGUAAUCCUCCCUUUGAUAACAGUACUGCUGUGGAUUUGUUCAAACCAACUUCUGGCCCUCUUCCAAUGCUAUGUGCAACUGAAUAUCAGAAUCAUCCUCCCCUUUUCAAAUUGCCAGCAGCAAGUCCCUAUGAUAACUUUCUGAAAGCUGCAGGGUGUUGA